AAGGUCUAGAUUUACAGCAGCGCGGAAGGUUUGACGCACCGCUAACGCAGGAGAACGGCUACCCGUCCGGGAAUUUCACCGGCUGGCUUGAACUGUAUUAUUCCCAAUAGGAUAGCGACAUUCUGAUAGGGCAUCGUCAAACGAAGGGAUACGCACUUUUCAUAUCAGGUUUGGAAGUCACUCAGGCUGAGGGUUGACAACGAUGGCUACCCAGUCUGAUCUCAUGGAGCUCGAUAUGGCCAUGGAGCAGGACCGCAAAGCUGCUGUAAGUCACUGGCAGCAACAGUCCUACCUGGAUUCAGGUAUUCAUUCCGGGGCCACCACCACAGCUCCAUCUCUCUCAGGGAAAGGCAACCCUGAAGAGGAAGAUCUGGACAACCAGGUGCUCUUUGAGUGGGAACAGGGCUUCAGCCAACCCUUCACACCUGAACAUGUGCCAGAAAUGGAUGGGCAGUACGCCAUGACUCGUGCCCAGCGCGUCCGCGCCGCCAUGUUUCCCGAGACUCUCGAUGAGGGCAUGCAGAUAACUUCUACCCAGUUUGACUCCACCCACCCCACCAACGUACAGCGGCUGGCCGAACCUUCCCAGAUGCUCAAGCAUGCUGUGGUCAACCUCAUUAAUUACCAGGAUGAUGCUGAGCUGGCCACUAGAGCCAUUCCUGAGCUCACCAAACUUCUCAAUGAUGAGGACCAGGUGGUUGUAAACAAAGCCUCAGUGAUGGUGCACCAGCUAUCCAAGAAAGAGGCCUCUCGCCACGCUAUCAUGCGCUCGCCCCAGAUGGUGUCUGCCAUCGUGAGGACCAUGCAGAACACUAAUGAUGUAGAGACUGCCCGUUGCACUGCCGGCACCUUGCACAACUUGUCCCACCACAGAGAGGGGCUUCUCGCUAUCUUUAAGUCUGGAGGAAUCCCCGCUCUGGUUAAGAUGCUCGGGUCUCCUGUGGACAGCGUACUGUUUUACGCCAUCACCACACUGCACAACCUCCUGCUUCAUCAGGAAGGUGCCAAAAUGGCUGUCCGUCUUGCUGGGGGGCUUCAGAAGAUGGUGGCCCUGCUCAGCAAGACCAACGUCAAAUUCCUGGCCAUUACCACAGAUUGCUUGCAGAUUCUUGCUUAUGGCAACCAGGAGAGCAAGUUGAUCAUCCUGGCCAGCGGUGGACCUCAGGCUCUAGUUAACAUCAUGAGGACAUACACAUACGAAAAACUGCUCUGGACCACAAGCCGUGUUCUCAAAGUGCUGUCUGUCUGCUCCAGCAACAAACCCGCCAUCGUCGAGGCCGGUGGUAUGCAGGCUCUUGGGCUUCACUUGACAGAUCCCAGCCAGCGUCUGGUGCAGAACUGUCUUUGGACCCUCAGAAACUUGUCAGAUGCUGCCACCAAACAGGAAGGGAUGGAGGGACUUCUUGGCACGCUUGUUCAGCUACUUGCUUCUGAUGACAUCAAUGUGGUCACCUGUGCAGCCGGCAUCUUGUCCAACCUUACAUGUAACAACUAUAAGAAUAAGAUGAUGGUUUGUCAGGUGGGUGGAAUAGAGGCCCUGGUCCGCACCGUUCUCAGAGCCGGGGACAGAGAGGACAUCACAGAGCCUGCAGUAUGUGCGCUACGCCAUCUUACCUCCAGACACCAGGAUGCUGAGAAUGCCCAGAAUGCAGUGCGCCUCCACUACGGCCUACCUGUGGUGGUUAAACUGUUGCACCCACCGUCACACUGGCCACUUAUUAAGGCCACUGUUGGUCUUAUCCGUAAUCUGGCACUUUGCCCAGCUAAUCAUGCACCACUGCGCGAGCAAGGUGCAAUUCCCCGAUUGGUCCAACUGCUGGUAAGGGCACACCAGGACACCCAGAGACGCACUUCUAUGGGUGGUACACAGCAACAGUUUGUGGAAGGAGUUCGUAUGGAGGAGAUCGUGGAAGGCUGCACCGGAGCACUUCACAUCCUGGCUAGAGAUGUACACAACAGAAUCGUCAUUAGGGGGCUCAACACCAUUCCUCUGUUCGUUCAGCUGUUGUAUUCGCCCAUCGAGAACAUCCAACGGGUAGCAGCAGGAGUGCUCUGUGAGCUGGCUCAGGAUAAGGAGGCGGCAGAGGCCAUUGAGGCAGAAGGAGCCACUGCUCCUCUCACAGAGCUCCUGCACUCCAGGAAUGAGGGAGUCGCUACUUACGCAGCUGCCGUGCUCUUCCGCAUGUCAGAGGAUAAGCCUCAGGACUACAAGAAACGCCUUUCAGUGGAACUUACCAGCUCUCUUUUCAGAACUGAGCCCAUGGCCUGGAAUGAGACUGGUGAUCUUGGACUUGAUAUUGGUGCUCAGGGAGAUACUCUUGGUUACAGGACAGAUGAGCCCAGCUAUCGGUCUUUCCACUCUGGCUACGGUCAGGAUGGUCUGGGUAUGGAUGGUAUUCUGGAGCAUGAGAUGGGAGGCCACCCUGGUGCAGACUAUCCAGUGGAGGGACUUCCUGAUUUAGGCCAUUCUCAAGAUUUGAUGGAUGGCCUCCCCCCUACAGAUUCUAAUCAGCUGGCCUGGUUUGACACGGACCUUUAAUCACGAGGUCUAAAAGAAAUAAAGCUAUAUUGUCGAAUGAAUCUGGAUUGUGAUUUGAAGAGUUGUGGAAGGUUUGCCAGAGGGUGGGCUAGUGUUUCAGAAAGUGCCUGACACACAACACACUUCGCAGACGAGAGAGAUUUCUAAUGGGAAGCAGUGGAAGUCUGUCUCCUUUUAUUGCUCUGACCCUUUUAUUUUAUUUUGGCCUGGAUGGGAAAACGCAAGUGCAGAGGGAUUUGAUGCGGAUGCUGAGGAGUGCACAUGAAGAGGAUCUUUUAUGAUGGAACUAUGAAUCUUUAAGCUUUUUUGUUUAUUACAUCUUUUUCAACUUAUUUUUUUCAUAAAUUUGCUUUUUCAUGGUACUUACCCUAGCUUUGUUUUAAAAACACCUUUUUGCCAUAAUUUUUAUUCCUUUUUUAUUUGUCUUCUAAAGUAUUAGUGGACUUGCCUCGUUGGUUUCUGGAUCUUUAUCACGUGCUAGUGUACAACACUAAUCUCAGUUCCUAUGUAAUCUGACAAAGUGUAAUAAUGUGUAGCUUUUUAUAUGAUCAGUUGUAAAAUGGUGGUUGUUGGGAGUAAAAUUAUAUGCAUUCUUACAAAUGCUUAAAGAAGCAGUUUUCAAUGUCACUAUUGUUCCAAAAAGGGUGUCUAUGUGGCACGCGUGGGUGGGGGGUGUAGAUGGGGGUUUAUGAGGUAUACACAGAGACAGAAAUCUUUUUCUAUGCUAUCUGGAGGUAUAGUCUCUAUUGAAGCGACGUCAUCGUUCAGCCUGUGUGGCUUAUUUUGGGAACAUGGAUCAUGACAUGGCUCAUCAAUAAAAGACUUUUAUUCCA